AGGACGAGGGAACAUCGUUUGGAUCAAACUAAGAAAAUACUUAACCCAGGACAUGAUGAAUAUUGGAACCAGCACAAGGGAACCCCAGGAUAAUUCAGGGAUUAAUCUUGAGUUCAAGGAGGAAAUGGAGAUUGAUCUGUCGGAUCAAUUUAAAGGGACUCAUCCCGAAAGUUCCUGUGCAGAAGGACCGGAAGGGGCAAGCGGUGAAAAGGAGGAGACUCGUAAGAGAAAAAAGCGAUCUGAUUCGGAGGUCUCCCCGGGUGCCCAAGCCAAAAGGAUGUCCUUGCUGUCAAUAGAGGAACCUGGAGUAACAGACCCCUUGGAAGGAUUCCUGGGGGAAAUUGUUUCAAUUGAAACAAUUAUUAAUGACUCAGAGGUCGCAUACGUGUAUGAUCAUAACUAUAUGGAUGAUAUUAGUACCUCUGGGAUCUACCAAGAGGAAUUGAAUCUACCAAGCGGAACUUCUUCAGGCACAGGGUUUCCUAUAAAACCAAUACCUGAAACCAGAAAACCGGUGCAGAAUGGAUCAGCGGCUGAGUCACCUAUGACCCCGACAGAGGAGGAGGACGAUUCUUCGAGUGCUGGAGGACAGAGUGCAUCUUUGCCCAAAAAACCACUAAGAUUGCAGUGGAUUUCCCAGAAAGGACGACGACUACCUGACAACUGUAUGGUCGACCAGGGUGUCUGGCCUUUCGUUUGGAGAUGUCGUCCAGGGAAAAACUGCAACUCUUCCAUGGUCAGGGUCAAGGAUUUACAACAGAUGGCAACUUGGAUUGAGGAGUCUACACUGAAACAACAGAUAGGCCCCCCGACCCUAAAAAUGCCUGGCCGAGUGGGGGUGCUCACACAAAUCUAUCUUCAUCAGGACGGCCCAUGGGCUCUGUUUACUCUGGUACCUGACCUCGGUGACCUCAAGGACAUUCCGGUGCGGUAUUAUGUUUUCAGUGUUGGCCACCCCAGGAUUAACGGAAGGCGCCCUUAUUUCUAUUACUGAAAAACUUUUCAUGUUAUUUGAUGCUGGAAGUUUUUCGAAUAUAUGCUUACAAUUUGUUCUGUCACUAGUUGAUAACUUUGCGUUUUGAAAAGAGGGUGUUGAGAUCUAGUAUAAAGUGAAUACUUAAAAAACGAAAGUUAAUUAAAAAAUCAUAUUCUUGUAUAACCCACAAUGAUUGAAUAUGAAUGUAUGCUUAUAAUUUUUUCUGUUGUUAUUUUGAUAACUUUGCGUUUUUGAAAAGAGGGUGUUGUGAGUUUUCAUAGCAUGUUUAAUACUUAAAAACGAAAGUUAGUUAUAAUCAAAUAUAAUCAAAUAUAUUCUUGUAUAACCCACAAUGAACAUGCUUCAUAUUUUAGGGUUUUCUAUAGUACAGUAUAAACAAAACAAAGUGGUUUGUGUAGGUUGAGUGUGUAGGGGAAAAUGAUAUAUGGGUGUCUGUGAAAAGAAUUGGCCGUUUUUCUCUCUCUCUCCUCUGGCAGCAGUACCCAGGGAGGGGGGGGGGGGGGUGGUUUAGGCCAUAAAG